AUGCGGCGACGCCUCGGCUGGGUGCUCGUCCUCCUCCUCCUCGCCGCCCUUGCCGGUGAGGCCGACUCGAAGAAGAAGAAGACCACAAACGACUACUCGGCGUACGGCGGAUACAGCUACGGGGGCGCCUACAGUGGAUAUGGCGAUUACACUUUCGUCGACGAGCUGCAGCCGGUGUACGGGGUAGUGUACGGUAUCUCGGCGCCGAUACUCAUCCUUUUUCUCUACUUGACACUUGUUGGGAUACGGUACGUGUUUGUAGAGAAGUCUCGACGUGCGGCGAUGGCUGGUGGUGCACGUGACGUGCUGGAUGAUUUGGGAGCUGGCCUUUGCCUCCUCUACAUCGAGUCCAUCGUCACCUCAAUCAUGUGGGCGUGUGCAGCCAAGGCUCGCUACGGUAUCGUCUACAACGCUAUUUGGCUGUUCCUCUACUUGCCAUUACCAAAUGCCAUCAUCGCCUUCUGCUGGUGGGCUAAGUUCAACGCCGACCCGGCCGAGUACACGUGGUGGUACGACCCGGUUGAGGCCCUGUUUUCCAUCACCGCCAUCCUAUCGUGGUUGCUGAUGACCAUCUACCUGGUCGUCAUCCUGGUGUUGUCGCUCGCGCUCCCGUUCUGUUGCCGGAAGCGCAAGGAUCCACACCGUGAGAUGGGCGCAUUCCCGAUCGGGAAGAUGUGGCUGACGCUCAUCUACGGGCUGGUGCCACAGGUGCUGAUCAUGCCGACCUCCCUCGUCCCGCUGAUGACGUUCAUGACGACCAACUUCCAGGACCUGCUCCUUAGCAUUAUGAAUUGGGUCACCGGGAGCUCGAGUGGGGGCGGCAGCUCGUGGCUGAUGACGUACGGGCUAAAGUUCCUCGGCUACCAGACCUACUAUGUGCUCUACCUGCCCGUCGUGAUGUGCUUCCUUGCGCUGGUGUGCUUCCCCUGCUUCUGGCGAGCGUUCAUCGUCCUCUUGACGUGCGGUCGGCUGUGCGCCUCCAACAAGUCGAAGCGAUUCGGCAGCAGCCCCCCACCGUCCUACCCGGGAGCUGUUGACGUGAAGGACGGACCGCCAAAGUUC